CGGACGUUGACUCCUACAGUCAGUCAACACGCAGCAGCUGACAGUUCAAAGUCUAGCAAGCAAUAAGGAAACUGUAUAGAAGUGUUUCCAAUGGAAAACCAAGAAGAGCCUUCUCCAGAACCACAAACAGAAAAGGAAAAUCGGAAGCAGACAGUUCCUUCCAGUACCGGCAGCAACCCCACGGCUGAGCGGGUCUGUCGAUUCUACUCGCAGGGAAGACACUGCCACUUUGGGAGAAGAUGCAGAUUUCUCCAUCAGUGGGUAGAAGCAAAAGAGAUUUUGAACGGAGCUGAAAACAAAACCGAUAAUACUUUAAGCAGCAAUCCCAGUGAAGAUGGGACACUUGACGAUUCUGCGAAUACGGUUCUUGAAUACCCCGAGCAGGUUCAAAAUACAGGUCAAGCCUCGACCAUCAGGGAUGUUUCAAGCAAGUGCGACCAGCUGUCUUUGAGCAACAAGACUUCUUCAGGUAGAAAAGAAAACUCAAGGAGGCCAUGUCGUUAUUUUUUGUCUGGUAACUGUGCCAUGGAAGACAGGUGCCGGUUUUGGCACCCGGAACAGCUGCCUUCUCUUAAAGACGACUCGGAUCAGAGAGAGAGAAAAAGAGAUACUGAAAGACCAUGGCCUCCAAUAGUGCGACCCUCUGUGAUCCGGGAGGAGGUGAAGUUAAGUGAGUUGACAGAAGAGCUGUCCAAGCAGCUACGGGAGACUGAGAUCAACCAACUGAGUAAAAGGUUCCCGAAGGACAAACUGAUUGUCCAAGAACGAGAAGAUGGCAAAGUGACCUAUUAUCGAGUUACUGUACAACCUACCGAUCCAGACUGGCCCUUUGACUUGAAAGACAUAGACAUCAUGGUUAGCUUCCCAGAUGAGUACCCAGUACAAGUGUUUUCUUUGGAAAUCCCAGAGGACCAAGAUUUACCAUCUGUUAUGGGGAGGCAUGUGUGCAAAGCAUCAGAGGAAUGGGUGCAAGCUAAACACGCCACUAAUGAACUGAUGGGAAAGGUAGAGCUUCUGUUCCGCCCAUUUCUGCGAUGGCUGGAUCGCAAUUUGGAGAAGCUUUUUACAGAAGGAGCCAGACUGCUGAAGAGAGAUAUUGAGGCAGAACGAUCAGGCAUAGAGUUUGUUCCAUACGAGCAGCUGAAAGUACCGUCUCCCGCUGCCUCCACUGAGCGCACAGCAGACCCUUCAGAGAGCUGCGGAGAAGAAGACAGUGAUGCAGCUAGCCACAGUGACUGUGAAGGGGAACAAGAGGAGAGCUGUGAGGCUGAUGGUCCCUCCUCUGGGGUGGAUUGUGACGGAGAGGCUACAAGUCACUGUGUGGAGAAUGUGAAGAGCACCGAACCCAGGAAGGGUACGGAGGUGAAGCUGAUGGGUCUGCAUCUGGGUGAAGGGACAGCCACAGUGGUGGCCAGUCGGAUCACUGUAUCAUUACAGUGCAGCAGGUGUAAGAUUACAGCCGACCUGACCAUGGCAAGGGAUCACCCCUACACAGCCCAGUGUGAGAAGUGCAAUGCACACAUCAGUGCCACUUUCCGCCCCAGCAUGCUUCAUCAUUACUCUGCUGUCCUGGGCUAUCUGGACCUGAGUGCCGCGGUCCCAGUGGACCUAGUGCUGCAGGACUGUGAGCUUGUGGUGGGCUGCCUCAGCUGUUCCAAGGAGGAGCCAUUGCAGAACGUGUUGUACGGUCAGAACAAAGAGUUCAACUGCCUGCAUUGUCAUAGCAAGCUGAGUAUACUGGUGGAGACGACUAGAUUUCAGUACCUCCAGCCGCGCUCCAGAAACGAAAAAGGAGACAAAGGCUCUCUUCAGCAGAGACCGAAAUUUCACAGAGACCCUGCUGUGCAGCCUGGGAAACCACUCCCUUUAAAAGGGACCUGCAGACAUUACAAACAGAGCUACCGCUGGCUGCGGUUUCCUUGCUGUGGGAGAGCGUACCCUUGUGAUACAUGCCAUGAUGAAGACCAGAACCAUGAGAUGGAGCUGGCCACCAGAAUGAUAUGUGGCUACUGUGCGAAAGAGCAACCCUAUACCAGCGGGAAGCCCUGUCUCUCCUGUGGAAGCAUGGUGACAAGGGGACCGCACUCCAGUCACUGGGAAGGAGGCCAGGGAUGCAGGAACAAAAUUAAAAUGUGCAGGAGUGACCGACAAAAGUAUACAAAUACAAGAAAAACUGUGUCCCGUAAAUCAGCAAGCCAGCAAAAGUAAAAGCAAAAUAGAACAGAAGAAUUCAGCUAAAAAAAGAACAAUGACUUAAAAUACAUGUUGAAUUGUGUUCAGAAUAAAUAAAUAAAGAGCUGUAUGUACUAAG